CUCUCUCUCUCUCUCUCUCUCUCCAACGGCUCUUAACCAUAAGGCAUAAGCCCUCCUUCGACACCCUUCUCUGUUUUCCUCCGAAGAACAACUCGUUAUUUCUCUCUAGAAAACAACUCCUCACAGCUCUAAACACAUCAAAAUCUCGUCCAUGGAUUCAACACCGCCCUCUCGCCGGUCUAGACCCCGGCUCAUCAUCACCUCGUCUUCCCGCCUCUCUCGCCUCACCCACUCCCAAUCCUCGCCCUCUCCCACUCCCCGCCUCACCCUCGACCUAGCCACAUCUCCCAAAAUCACGGCCGCUCCGUCACCAUCACCCUCCUCUCCCACCGCUCUCCCCAUCCGCGAGCUCCUGCUCCUCUCCCCAUCCCCUCUCCGGAAAUCCAAGACCCGUCUCGCCGACCGGCUUGUCGAAGCGGCCGAAGAGCCUCCUGCUGUUGAGCCGGUCGGGUCGAGGAGGAAGUGCAAGAAUCGGAACGGGUCGAUGGGGGUUUUGGUUUGUGGGUCGCCUAGGAAUGGGAGGAGGCCGCGCAGGCGGUUGGAGCCGGAGGUGGUAAGAGAGGAGAGGGAUUUGGGUGUGGUGGAAGACGUGGGUAGGGGUAGAAAGAGGCGGAAUAGCGGGCGGUCUAAGAAGGAUAAGCUCGGUUCGGUGACUUCGAUUCCACCCCCAAGAACAAGUGAUGGAGAUCUGCGUAAUCUGGAUCGAAUUGGACAGCUGGUGACUGAUCUAAUUAUGUGGAAUGAUGUCUCAAAAUCAAGCCUUUGGUUUGGUUUUGGUUCACUGUGUGUCCUGUCUUCUUGCUUUGCUAAGGGGGUUAGCUUUAGCAUCUUCACUUUGAUCUCUCAAUUGGGCCUCCUUUUUUUGGGACUGUCAUUCUUCUCCAGUUCAAUCUACCAAAGGGUUAAUGAGGAAAACAAGCGAGAAUUUAAGGUGGAAGAAGAUGACAUAUUGAGAGUGGCUAGAGUGAUACUUCCACCACUAAACCUAGCAAUUUCGAAAACACGAGACCUUUUCUCGGGCGAACCAACCAUGACUCUUAAAGUUGCUCCAAUGCUGCUCAUGGGAUCUGAGUAUGGCCAUCUCAUGACACUAAGAAGACUUUGUGCCAUAGGAUUUUUCAUUAGCUUUACCGGGCCAAAACUGUAUUCCUUGUAUUGUGUUCAGAUCAACACUAAAGUUGAGUGCUUGAAAAGGCGGGUGUUGGAGGCAUGGCGGGCUUGUUCUCAUAAGAAGAUUGUGGCAGCAUCAAUAGCUACGGCCUUUUGGAAUCUGACCUCGAUUAGAACACGUAUAUUUGCAGCUUUCAUAUUUGUGGUGAUACUGCGAUACAACCGACAACAUUUGAAAACAAAAGUGGAAGAAGAACAAGAAGAAGAAGUGGAAGAAGCAAAAGAAGGAAAGCAAGAGCAGAAGGCAUUGGUUGUGGUAGAAAAUGGGGUAUGAACAAGUAAUACUGACUAAACUACACCUCUUCCACCUAUUUGACAUGAAAUAGUAGGAGGCUUAAUUCUAUUACCUGUAUAAAUAAACUCACUCUGAUGUGUUCUUGAUUUUGCUCAAUGCAUGCUCACGUUAUAAGCA